AUGGAUUUUUAUUUCUACCUGUUGUUCUUCAUCUUUGUCAUAAUUUUUGCCCUCUUGCUGCCAACACUUUCAGGUGUUGGUGGGUUUAAGAUUGGUCAAAAGAACUCAAGGACUAGUAAUGACCAUAGGUUGAAAUUCAAGCUUUCUAGUGAAAAAGAUAUUGGCAAAUCCAGUUCUCACGGAUUUGAAAUAGAUUCUAAGACUGGUCUCAAGAAGAGGGUUAUUGGUAAUUACAGUGAAGACCCCAACCAUUACGACUACGAUUUGGACGAACUGAUCAGUGCAGAUGAUGAUGAAAAUGAUCAACGCCCAAAGGCCCAUGUAUGA